UUAGAGGUAUUAAAGCUAAAUCUCUGCUGUUAGCUAAGAAGAGGAUUCUUAGUCAUAUUAGUUCCUUGGAAAGGUUAGCUCCUUAAGGGGGAAAGAUUUCACCUUCCGAGAGAAAGAAUUCUUAGUCUAUCCCCUUAGACCCCUCAACCUUGCUUGAAUCUUGUGUUAAACAAGCGUACCCGGAACAGUAAAGAUGGCAGUAGCUGGUAGCGAAAUCACUUUCGUGAACUUGCUUUAUUCCUAGAUAGCUUAAAAGAAUCCUCCUUUCCAACUGGCUCUUCUCUGGCUGGAAGGAGAGGUGAGCCCCUUAACUUUCUUUAGGAAGGAAGGAAAAGAGCGUAAAGCAAGUCGACCUUUGGAAGAGGAGCGAAAAGGUCUAUUGUUUUAUCACCAAAGGCGGGAAUCACAAGCUGUUCUGUCUAUGCGGUCAACUUCUAUUCUAGUGGCAGUUGGCUAGGUGAACGAGUGGGGCAGGUACAGAGGUGGCGAUGAUGGAAUGGACGAACAGUUCAGAAACCUACGGAAAGCGAGGGGAAGGAAAAGAUAAAUACCAAAAGCGGGAAGAGAGACCAUGGAUGAGAGAUCAUAGACCAAAGAUUAGUUCGGAGUAGAUCGAAGGAGAUUUUGAAUCAUAGCACAAUUCACAUCUGUCCUUUGCGCCUCUCUAUACGUAUUUAGCCCUUUUUCUGAAAUUUCGUAUAGAAACAAAACUGAAAUAUCUCUUUUGUGUCCAUUCAACGAGACAGAUUCGAUCUUGUCUUCUUCUUCCAGGUUAAGCUUUGAAAGAUAGAUUUCAAAGAGCCUAUGAUGAUUCCCUUUCAAAGAGGGCAUUCGAGUCGAGAACAAGCCCUUCGUUUCAAAGACCUUUUCUAUUCUAUUGUUAGUACAAAGAAAAAAACUAACACAAAAAGCAUUCAUAUGCUAUUGCUAGCAAUACAGUA